UUUGGUCGGGAGAGAGGGAUAGGGAUAGCGAGAGGGAGAGAAGGGGUAGGAGUAUGUCGUCGGUGUACGUGCUCGAGCCGCCGACGAAGGGGAAGGUGGUGCUGCAGACGACGGCGGGGCCGCUGGAUAUCGAGCUGUGGCCGAGGGAGGCGCCCAAGGCCGUCCGCAACUUCGUCCAGCUCUGCCUCGAGGGCUACUACGACCGCACCAACUUCCAUCGCAUCAUCAAGGGCUUCCUCGUCCAGGGCGGCGACCCCACCGCCACCGGCACAGGUGGUGAAAGCAUCUAUGGGGGAAUGUUUGCGGAUGAGUUCCAUUCUCGCCUUCGAUUUAACCACAGGGGCUUGGUCGCGUGCGCAAAUGCUGGCACACCUCAUUCGAAUGGAAGCCAAUUCUUCAUGACAUUAGACCGCUGUGACUGGCUUGAUAGGAAGAACACAAUUUUUGGGAAGGUCACUGGGGAUUCUAUAUUUAAUCUGCUAAGCUUGGGUGAUUUUGAAACUGAUAAAGAUGAUCGGCCAGUGCAUCCCCCUCCAAAGAUUCUUUCUGUUGAGGUGCUGUGGAAUCCAUUUGAUGAUAUAGUCCCGAGACAACUGCCUGAGAAACCUCAGUCUGAUGCCAAGGUUGUUGUCGAGGGACAGGAUCAGAAGAAGAAAGCUGUCAAGCAGCUAAACAUGCUAUCCUUUGGUGAAGAAGUUGAAGAAGAUGAAAUGGAGGCUGCAAACAUAAAGGAAAAAAUUAAAAGCAUUCAUGACGUGUUAGAUGAUCCUCGUUUCCUCAAAGAAGCAAAACCAGAACCAUUGUCUUCCACAGAAGUAGAAAAGAAAAACGAGAUUCGUUUAGCGGUCAGAGAGGCUUUAACCUCCAAUAAAGUUGACUCCAUCAGAGAACAUGAAAUGGAUGAUUUAGAUGCUGAUGAUCAUAGUGAUGACGAUGAUGAAGCCAACUUUGAUGCCAGAAUGCGUUUGCAAAUCUUGAGAAAGCGAAGGGAGAUGGGUGACGUUGCCACUCAUGAGAAGUUACCUGCUGAAAAAACUAGGCAAAAAGACCGUGAAGCAUCACCUUCAAGGAGAAAUGACGAUGAUACUAAAGGUCAAAAUACCAAGGUUGAAAAACUGUCCAUGAAGAAAAAGGGUAUGGGAUCAGAAGCUAGGGCUGAACUUAUGGCUAAGGCAGAUGCAGAUUUGGAGCUACUUAAUCAUGCUGAACAAGAAAGACAACUGCAGAAGCAGAAGAAGCGACGAAAUCAGGGCCGUGAAGAAGAUACUCUAACAAAGCUGCAAAGAUUUAAAACGAGUCUCUCCACAAAGCUCUCUGCACCGAGUAGUAAUGGUUCUAAGGAUAAUAACGAGGAAGAUGAUUCUGGAUGGAUGGCAACCCAGUUGAAGUUCAUUCCCGAAUCCUCUGAGAAGGUUAUUUUGCCACCGCUUGUCUCGCAUUUCAGGAUUUUUUCCGUCCUCCCUUGUCACGAUAAUUUAGUUUCAGAUCUUUCUCUGCAGGAUGGCAUGACUAGGAAAGAUGAUCCAAAUGAAUAUGUUGUGCAUGAUCCUCUUCUAGAGAAGGGCAAAGAAAAAUUUAACAAAAUGCAAGCUAAGCUCAAGCGACGGGAGCGAGAGUGGGCUGGCAAAUCUCUCACAUAAUUAUUCCGUGAAUGAGGAGAAGACCAUCGGUGCCACCUUAGUGGCUAUAGGGUUUCGCUUUGCCGUGGCCGGCCGAAUAUUCCUAUCGGAGCUGUACAUUAGUUUAUCACUGCUUAGCACGCAGCAAAGUGCAACCAGAGUUUCUUCAUCGUAUGCUUCUUGUGUUGCAGACAACACCACUUUCCUCUACCAGUCUGCAGACUGCUGUUCUCGAUUUGCUUUGUUCUGUUCUCAAAACCAGGGCUGCUGCCUGCUUGUUAGCAGGGACUAAUCCCAUGACGAGUAUAGAUUUGUGCUAAGAUUACAAAACUGUGUAAAUACUGAAGUCUUUUGUUCGAAUGACCUACUUUUACAAAAAUCCCAAUUUCCAUAAA